UUAGGUUGCUGUUGCGACCGGCAUCAGUUUGCCAUCAAACUUAGAACAAAGUAAAGCUUAUUCCAACAUACAAUCACAAAAUAAAAAAUCAUGAACUUCAACAAAUUGUUUGUUUUUGUUGCUUUGGUUUUGGCUGUCUUUGUUGGCCACAGCGAAGCGGGUUGGUUGAAAAAGAUUGGCAAGAAAAUUGAACGCAUUGGACAACAUACCCGUGAUGCGACCAUUCAAGCUAUUGGAGUUGCUCAGCAAGCAGCAAAUGUGGCUGCAACAUUGAAGGGGAAAUGAGAAACCUGCUAAAAAAUUACAAAAGUGAACUGAUAACAUAGGAUAAUAUAAAAUAUUUUUAAAUUAUUUAUUGAAAUAAAAAAUAUAUGAAACAAAAUAUUAAA